GAUCUGAAAUUUUGCACACGUUCUUUUCUCACCAAAAAGCUGCUCAUUUGUCGGAACCGCCGAUAUCGAAUAACUAUAGCACAUAGCUGUCAUGCACACUGAACGAUCGCAAUUAAGUGCUUGUAUGUCAAAAUUUUUAAUGUAACGAGUUAUCUUCAAGAAAUUUGGCAAAUAUUAUUAUCCAAUAUAUCGCUACAAUCUUCGAACAAGUUGUUCAGAACGAAGACCACAGCUUAUAGCUGCUUUCCAAACUGACCAAUCAAAAUCAGAAUAAAGAUAUUUAUGCUUUAAAUUUUUGUGCUAUAAAAAAUGCAACUGUGAAUAUUAUUAUAGCUGGAGUGUAGUCAGAGUUAACGUUUUAAUUGAUCCCUUGGUAUACAUUGUAUCAAAAGUCUAUUUUCUAUAUAAAAAUAUCCGAUAUUUCACCAAUAUAAGCUGGUGAUUUUAUAGCAUCUGAACACACAUAAACAUAUACAUAUUUUGUACUGUAAUUACCAUUGAAAACAAGUCUGUGUCAGCAACAAAGGGCAUGAAUGCUUAUCACAUGCCGCGACAAGCUGCUCAACGAAGUAGCAAUAAAAAUAUGCGCACUUUUAUUAGCGCAACUUGUGAAAUGCCGUUAAACCGAUUGUCAUUAAUUACAUACGACGAUCACUUUCAAUCAAAACGCUCAAAAAGCUUUGCGGAAGACAUAAAACUCACUCACUUGAGGAAUAAGAGCACUCGAAUGAGUGAGCGCGAAGUAGAGAUACAAAAUGCGCUGAGAAAAGCAAAAUCAAAAGUAGAAGCGAAAGCGAAAGCAAACGCAAAACAAAGGAGAGAAGAAAAUGCAGAAGCAAAACAAAUACAAAAGUAAAAAACUCAAAUGUAAAUGUACCUGAAAAAGAAAUCAACACCAGCCAUGCGCUUCCGCAUGCAGCGUGCGACAAUAUAGCGACAACAGCAACAGCGUCAAUAAUUUAGCGUAGCGAAUAGCGCGCAAAAAUAGAUAUCACGUAUACGUGCCGCUGUACUCAAGCGUGCACAUGAGAAGCGACUCACGAUUCAACGAGUAUAAACAUACAUAUAGAGGAGAUAUGUAUUGCAGGAUCGACUUGGAAGAAGCCGCAACAACUUGCUUACUGGCGAAUCAUACUCACAUAAGCACACAGUCAUCAGCAAUCACACUCAAGCUCACUCUCAAAUAUACAUAUCUGUCAUCCGACCGCUUCUAAGCGUCGAGCGUGUGGAAGUAUGAAGGAUGUGACUGACGAAUAUGCAAAAAAGCGUCUUGUCUUUGGCUACAAGCUGGCUACUACCGAACAGCUCAUGCGCUUGACUGAAACUGGUUGCGCGCCACGCUACAGCACUCCGGCGUGGCGUCAAAGCUCAAGCGAGCCACGAGUGGAUGUAUGUUUUGUAGUGGAGCGAGUAAAACGCGUGAAAGAAGAAAUGCAAAGCAGACAACUUGACUAACUAGCCAUGUUAGCUACUGCCUGAAUGGCUGACUGAUUUGCGAGCGAAAAGCCAAGCAAGCAGGAAAGCGCAAAGCCAAAAACCCAAACAGUCAACAGGCAGCACAGCAACAAAGCCAACGAAAGCGAAACAAGCUGGAAAGCAAGCGCUGCUGAGCAAACAAACGGUAGCGCGCUCUGCGCCAAAAGACCAGCAAACAACUCAACGAGCAACCCAUCAACAAGACCAGCAACAGCAUUACCAUUACCUUUACCAACGCCGCCGUUGUCUUUGUCGACGCCUGCGCUGUGUUUGGCUUUGUUUGCACGCCGCGAUUUCGGUGGGUUUGCGGCGCGCAAACGUGCGCUCACUCUUCAUUCGUAUUCCGGCGGCACCGGUUCCAGCUCCAUAUUGCGGAAGAUCGAACGGCAGCAGCAGCGAUAGCGUAUACGUUAACGCGAUAUCGAACCCGAACUUAUAGCCCGCAGCGCGGUAAUACGGUAAUACUUAGUGUGUAGCCCGUAAGUGGCAGAAAGUUUGGUGACAGUGCCGGAAAUUCGCUGUAAAACAUCUUCACUUCAGUUUUCCCCAACAACUUUUUGUGUCGAUAAUGGUUGACAGUUAUGUCUCGGCGAUUUUUGAUUUCAUAAUUUCGUUAAAGUCUUUAUCUAAACAAUGAUCCUUAAGUGCGCGCUUAUCAAUUGAGAUCGAGUAACGAAAAUUAAGCGUCAACUCAAUUGUAGUGAUUCACAAUGAAAGUACGGUUAUUAGCGCUAAUCUCCAAGAUAUGCGUCGGUUAAAGUGUCUUGUUAGAUAUAGCAAGUGAAGUGGAAGUCAGAAGUUGACAUGAGUGUUAAGUGUGUUGGGCUAUGGUAAAAAACUAAAGCUCUGUGUAUCUUAGUACAAAACAAUCGCUCAGUACCACCGCUAAUUCAAUUGACGAAUUCAACAAAACAAAGCAAGAUAAACAACUGUGUGUACUUUAAAAAUAAUAUAGAAAUAUCUGGCGAUUGAACCCAGCGCAAAAAUCGGCACCCACAUUAACAACAACAACAACAAUAGAAUUGACGAAAACAUAACGCCAACAAGACAAUCAGCCUUGUCACGAAUGCAACACAGUCAGAAUAGUUUCAAAUAGACAACAAAGAAAAGUAAACUAAACCACAAUCAGAACUCAUAAAUAUGCGAAAAACUACAAAAAGAAACAAAUUGAGCUUGGCUAAGUGAGGCAAAUUGUGUUGAUAAGUGAAGCUAAAACGCGGGGCGCGAUCACCCAACACCGCACCGCCUGACACCAUAACGAAUUGGGUGAAAACAAACAGAAAAACGAAUAACUAAAUGUUCUUUCGCCUAACUGUGUGCUGUUAGUGAAACACUUUCAAGGUCAAACUUUUUUAAACACCAGGCGAUCAACUAAUUGAAAUGUACGCGGCGAAACACUUGUCCUAGACCAAGGUAGGGACGCCAGCAAAUGCCAAGAGCAAAUUGAAGGAGGAAAGCGGAAAACAAGAAGGGUUGAGAUAAAUUAUUUUAAACAAGUGAAAUACAAUUGUGUAUGCCAAUAGUUGGAGAGGAAGGGGCUUGCAAGAACACAACAAGAAAAUACAAAUUCAAAAUAAAGAAAACAAAGUACAGUAAAAUAAAAGCAAAUGGUUUUAAAUUUAAGUUAGUCAUGGCAAGUUGCAGUCCAAGCUCAUUUGUAUGCUAAAGCACGAUUGUUACGAGAAAAAAAUAUAACAAAAUUAGAAAAAAAAAUUGGAAGAAAAAAAUACGCUGGGCAUUGCUUGGUUUAAAUAAAUGCAGACAGAAGAAAAAAAUAAAUUGAAAAAAGCUGAAUAAAUGCAUGUUCGUGAUGUGAGUGAACAAUCGGCAUAUAAUAAGUUGAGAAUAUUUGAUAAAAUAAAAAAAUAAUUUGUAUGCAAAAAAAAAAAUUAAAAAUAAACAGAAUAAAUUUAAAUGAGUUAAAAGAAGUUUAAGCGGCACAUUAACUAAAUGGCAUGCAAAUAAAGCGCAACAACAAAAAAAGGAAAUAAAUUAAUGCAAAUUUUUAAAAAUUAAAAUAAAAUAUGUGUCUGCAUAAGAAAAGCUGAUAUUUUAACUGAAACCGAAUAUAAAAAAUAAUAGAAAGACAAGCGCUCAGGUGCAAUUUUCGAAGAUUCUUAUUAGCAAAAAAUAAAAUCAAUACAUAAAGAAAAACACAUAAAAAAAUUAAAUAAAUAAUAAGACAGCCAAAACUUAGCAGCACGACGUGCCAAAAACAACAAUCGCUAGCCAAAACAAGUGUUCGCGUGGCGCAGAUGCUUGUUGUUAUUGUUAUGCAGACUAGAAUUAACAAGUACGAAGCGGUAAGGCAGACAGACAAACGCAAGCUAAGCAGUCAGCCGGUAAAUAAAGCAAAAAUUGAAAAAUAAAAUGAAAACAAAUUUGAUAAAAAAGACAAUAACUAAAAAUAAGAACAACAAUAAAGUGAAGCCGGCAGCAAGCGCGAGCAUAUAUAAUUUUUAACAAAAAAAAAUAAUUGAAGAAAGCAACAAAAAACGCAGAAUAAAGCAGCAACGUGAACAAAAAAAAAUCAAAAACAACAACAAAAAAUAAGAUAGAAAAAAACAAUAGCAAAAAUAAGCAAAAACAAAAUAACUAAGCGCGCACCGCAUUUUCAACUGCACAUAAGAGAACUUUACCACGUGCGCACGUGCUCGCUGUCUCACGUUUUUCGCGCGCGCCGCUUCGCACAUGAAUGAAUGAAUUUGCGUACUUCGAGUUCUUAGAAUGGAUUAUCUAACGCAAGCGCUACAAAUUGGCAAUGCGCAUGCGCAUCAAACACACAAUGCGCUACAGAGUGCACAGCAACAGCAACAACAGCAGCAACAACAGCAGCAGCACCAACAGCAACAGCAACAACAUCAGGCACACUUGCAGCUGCUGCAGAAUGUGCAACAUGCACAGCAACAACAACAACAACAACAGCAGCAGCAGCAACAACAAUUGCUUGGCAAUCUGCAGUCGCCGAGUCAUACAACCGCACUGCCGCCGCUUAGCUCUUUGCCACUGCAAGUCGUACACAAUCUGCCACAUCUGCUAGCCGCGGGCGGCGGCAGCGUUGGCAACAGUGUUGUUGGUGGCGCCAAUAAUAAUGGUCUCUCUGCCGCCGCUGUCAGCAGCCUUGGCAGUAAUUUGGUCAGUACAAGUAAUCUUGUCAAUAGCAUAGCGGCUGUGACCGCCAAUCCAGCAAGCAAUGGCAAUGGCAACAACGGGAGCAGCAACAAUAACAAUAGCAACGCGAGCAGCGUGCAUACGAACGUUGUGAAUAGCCUGAGCAGCAAUGUACAUUUGCAUCUGCGCAAUACAAUGCAAAAUGUUGCCAACACACAGCUGCAACAGACAAUCAAUACGUUGGGCAACAAUUUGGUUGGCAGUUUGCCGCCGAGCAGUCAGCUGUUGCAUCAUCGCUUGCAGCAUUUAGCGAAUGUGAAUAAUGCCGCGGCGGCGGUGGUCGCUGUGGCGGCGAAUAACAUCAACAACAUGAACAAUAUCAGCAAUGGCAACGGCAUCGGCAAUGGCAAUGUGCUGGCAAAUGUUGGCAACACCGCAAAUUUGAUUGCUAUCAAUAACAGUGGUGGUGGUAGUGCUGGCAACAAUAGCAACAACAAUAAUAAUCCUGCGACACCGAACAACAAUUUAAGCUUGAAUGGGUUGGUGGGCAUUAUGGGCGGCGGCGGCGGCGGCCAGAACGGUCCGAGCAAUGGCAAUGGCGGCAGCGCAAACGACAGCAAUAACAAUAGCAACAACGGUGCUGGCUUAGCGCACAACAACGGCAAUGUGCCCAAUGGUGUUGGCAACAACAAUAAUAACACAACUGGCAAUAACAAUAAUAUCGACGAUAAUAACCGGUGGACGCAGUUUCAAGUGCAACAGCUGUGGAAGCAACAUGCCUCAUAUCUCAAUGGCAGGAAAUCUCCAUUUUUGGGUUUCAUUUGCAAAACAAACGGCAAAUCCUCAUCGAAUAGCAAAGAAGUUAUCUGCGGCGAUGACAAAUACAAAGAAGAGGGUGAUCUCUGGAAUGUGGAGGCACAAACCGCAUUCCUCGGACCGAAUUUGUGGGACAAAGCUCUGCCGUACGAUGCCGAUCUUAAGUAUGCAGAUUUGGAUGAAUUCUUGUCGGAGAACAAUAUACCUGAUGGCUUGCCCGGUACCCAUUUGGGACACUCAAGUGGUUUGGGGCAUCGAUCAGAUUCGCUGGGCCAUGCAGCUGGUCUGGGGCUGGGUCUCGGCCAUAUAACGACGAAGCGUGAACGUUCCCCAUCGCCAUCGGAUUGUAUAAGUCCGGAAACAUUGAAUCCACCAUCGCCGGCUGAGUCAAGUUUCUCCUUUGCAUCGUCGGGGCGGGAUUUCGAUCCGCGCACCAGAGCAUUCUCCGAUGAAGAGCUUAAACCGCAACCGAUGAUCAAGAAAUCACGCAAACAGUUUGUGCCCGACGAACUGAAGGACGAUAAAUAUUGGGCACGUCGCCGGAAGAACAACAUUGCCGCCAAGCGAUCACGUGACGCACGCCGCCAAAAGGAGAACCAAAUAGCGAUGCGUGCCAGAUAUCUGGAAAAAGAAAAUUCGACAUUACAUCAAGAAGUGGAACAGUUGAAACAGGAAAAUAUGGACUUGCGUGCGCGUCUCUCAAAAUUCCAAGAUGUGUAAUGUUAAGAAGUACCACCUCUCCCCAAAACAAAAACUUAUUUAAUAUAUAUAUACAUAAAUGUAAAUGUAUAUAUAAAUGUGUAUAUCACCUCCAAAAACCACAACCACCAAUCUAAAAUGCAACCAAGCAGGCAACAAUAUAUGUAUAAAAUAAGAAAAAUUAAAUAACCGUUAACCAUAAAGGCGGCAAAGAAACUGGAAAUGGUAAAAACAUGAACCGAUAUGCAGCACACACAGCGUAUAGCCUCAUGCUACACACAUACUUUCACACACAAACACACACACGCAAUUGCCUAUCUGUAUCAGCGGUACAUUAACAUAAAUAUAAAUAAUAUAUAUGUAUGUAUAUAUAAAUAGUAUACAAAAACAAAAACAUACAGCUUGUAAUUGAGGAGCAUAGAAAUGAUAACGGUACAUAGAAAUUAUGUUAAAGUGGUUUUUAAUUAAAUUUAGAGUUUGUGCGAAAAAUGAAAACACAAAGAAUAAGAAAAAUUCAACACUAAAAUAGAAAGAAUGUAACAGAAAGCAGGCAACAACAACUAACUCCCACAAACUGCAACAAAAGAUGUGUGCAAAGAACAAAGAAUAAAAGUAAAAAGCAAAAGAAGCAGAAAAAUCAGAAACAUUUACAAAAUUAAAUAUAAAAAUACAAAAUUCAGCUCCAACCAUAAUUUUAAAGAAGAAAGAAAGAAAAAAUAAGAGAAAAAACCGAAAUACAAAAGCCAAAAUCGUCUAAAGUCUGGCUAAAAUUAAACUAACUUAUUAUUGAAACAAAGCGAAGAGAAAAGCAAAUGUGAGGAGGCUAGUUGUGGAGGUCGCGCCAGAGUUACUUGCAUAAAAAACAGCAACAAAAACAACACUAAAUAGUAACGGCGAAACUUAAAAUCGGCAAGAAACAUGAUGAAACAUUAAACUUCUUAAAUGAAACACCAAAAAAAAAAAACAAGACCACAACAACUAUUACAACAAACACAAUGAAAAUAAACAUAUGUAUGUAUGUAUAUUAGAUAAGUAAUAAUUUAUAAACAAAAGCAGACGUAUACAUGCAAUCGGCGCAUGCAAUAAAACAACUACAAAGAUAUAUGCUACAUAGAUGUAUGUGCUGCAUAUUAACAACUACAACAACAAACAAACAUUAUUUUAAAAUUAUUAUUAAAAUUAAAGCAAAAGGAAAUCAAGAAAGUCAGACAAAAAACAAACUGCUUACAAAUAUUUAGACUAAAUUAAUAUAAAUAAUUAGAAAAUAGUUGCAUAAAGUUAUAAAUAUAAAUAAAAGUUUAUAAAUAAAUAAAACAAAAACAAAACAAUAAGAAGCACUAUGUGAAGUUUAGAAAUAAUUUUAAAAAUAAUGGUCAAAGUUAGAAAAAAAAUGCAUUGCUUAUAUACACAAAAUUACACAUACACAUAUAAACACCCAUACAUAUAUACAUACAUAGGCACACAAAGCCAGCUGAACAGAAAAUGUAGAUUCUUUUCUUACGCAACACGCUGCAAAUGUACAGACAGUUGCGAAAAGUCGCCAGCAAUGUGAACUAGAAAGGUGCGCAACAUGUUGCAGCAACAUAUCUGUUGUAUGGAGUGGAAAGUAAUUUUCUAAUAUUGUUGCGAAAAUAAGUUUAAAUAUAAGCCAAAAGCUUAGCAACAUACAUAUAUGCCAUUUGUAAUGUUGCAGCAACAUCAAUAUGACAAUAAACGUUGCCGCAACAUACGUUGUGAACACCAAAAUGCAGCGUAAAUAUCGUACGUGAUUUUCUUAUGUUGGGUGGAAAUUUCAUAAAGAUGUUCUUGCAACAUUUUUACUGUGCGUUGUAGCAAACUUUUAGUGGCGCGAAUAUGCAUGCAACUAUCAUAACGGCAAACAACAGGUAGUGGCAAGUAUUGCUACAACACGUUUUUCUGUAGAGAAAUUUAAUUUUCUAUUGUUCAUUGCUAUGUUUAUGUAACAUUGCUAAACAACAUAUGCUGCGAAUAAAAAUUUUGCGGCAACAUAUGCAGUCUUGCGUCCAAAUUAUCUUCAGACGUUUUUCUAUCGUUGUUCAUUGCUAAACUUUCUUAACAUGUUUCAGCAAAUCAUGCUUCCUUACUAAAAGUAUCCGUCUAAACUAGCUUCAGAGGCCCUGUUGGUAUUAUAUAUACCACAGGCCAGAACAAACAUUUUAAUAUAACAGUUCAGCAAAAGCUAAAAAUCUAGUAUUUUGCAAAUAACGGCCUUUACUUCUAUAAACACACCAAAUUGUCAAAAAUUCAUUUGUGAAUUAAAUCAAUAAACUCGUCAUGUAAACGAGCCCUUAUUCUUCGUUUACUACCGUGUCAAUAUGUUGUUGCUCACGAAUUGCGUUCGCUCUGACUUCGACAUUGUUGCUGGCAACAUUUCUGUGUCUCUAACAAACUGCAAUCCCUUCUGGAAAUACAUACAUUAGGGGACUCACUAUAAUUACCACUGCGAGGCAAGGAAAUUAAAAAGCGCAAUAAUACUGACUUAAAAGGCUUCAACAAAAAAUAAAAUUAAAAUAUAAAAAUAAAUUUAAAACUGAAAUUAAGUAAAGCAGCAAAAUUAUCAUUAGUGACUUAAAAGGUAGAAAUUAAAACGAAAAAAGCUGAAUGACAUAAAGCAACCUAAAACAAUACGGAAAUUGUGUACCUAAGUUUAUAAUUAAAAGUACACAAAUAAGAGAACAUUAACUUGCAUUGCUUAUAUUAAAAUAGCAAAAAAAAAAAUUUUAAUAAUGCAUAAAAUAUUGGCUAUCAGCAAACACAUGAGUUGUUUUAAAUAAUUUCGUUCAUUAAAUUUAUAAAUAUACAAACAUACUUGUCUAUGCUAAAUUCUGCUAGAUUUCAAAAUUGCAUAAAAUCUUUGUGGCAAGGUAUCGAAAUCGCAGACAAGCAACCUUUUGAAAUAAAAUCAUUACCAGUACAGUGCUGUGAGAUGUCAAAAUAUAUAAUAGAUUUAAUAAUUCUCUGACUACAUUUAUAGACUUCAAACAUUUAAAAAAAUAUGAACAUGUGAAACAGUGAACUGAAAGUUCAAAAAAAAAAGAGAAAUACUAACAAAAUGUGAAAAUUUUAUUCAAAACUUGAAAAUCAGAAAUUCUCCUCCUAAAUGUGUACAAAAAAGUUGAAAAACAACUUUCCGAAGUUCGUUAACAAAAAAGUUACAUUUGGCUUUUACAUCUGUCACUCGAUUUAAACUAAUUUAGACUGACUCUUCACAGCCUUGACUUGUAUUAAGCUGAAAGUUGCGCAAAAACAAAAAUACAUAAAUCAUAUCAAAUUGUAGCGACUAAUGAGAGAUCUACCCAGAUUUUGCUAUAGUGUUCAUUAGUACCGUGUCCAGUUUCAGAAUUUGUUGUCACGAAAGUUGCUUGUGUGCAUUAUGCAGUUCUAAAUAUAACUAAUUAGACACUCAGAAAAUGAAUUCCACCGUCAAACGGUGAAAAAUUUACAAACUUUUCAAUAAAAAUGCUAGCUUGUGUUUGAAAUAUUUUUUUCAAUGAAAUAUAUAUAUAUUUUUUAAAUUAAAAUCGCUUUUCCUCCCUCCACCUUAUCAAUUAGUGCUUCCGUUAAAAGUUUUAUUGCCAAUUAUCCCUUUACAAUUAUCGUAUAGUUAAAGUUGACUUAUAGUGUGUAGUAACCGUUAUGUUAAAAUAUUACAUAUGAAAUGUGUGUAAUAUGUUGAAAUUAGAUUGAAAUGUAUUUUUUGUGAGUGUAUGAACAUAAAAGCAUAUAAAUAAAUUUUAAUUGUUUUUUAUAAAGUUAUAUAUUUAUAUGCGGUAGUAAAACUCUUCUUUAGUAGACAUUUUUUUUAUGUUUGUUACAACUGGUUAACAAUUGUUUAUAAUAAAUAAUUUAGUAGUUUGACACAUAACUUGUUAAUACUAAACUCAAGAAUACAAUAGUUUAUAAUUAUAAUGAGUUGAUUGCAGAUGCUGUAAAAUACAAUAAAUGAAUAUAUAGGGUGUUUAGUAGUUCAUCUUUCCUUAAAGCAACAAUAAAGCAUAAUUCACAGUUUGUACCUUAGAAGCGCCUUUAAAAAAUAAUAAUGCAAAAUGCAGAUAAUAUUUGUACACUUUUUUUCUAUAAAAUCAAUGCGGACUAUUUUAAGUUCUUAUUUUUAGAAUACAACUUAAAGUUAGCAAGUUGAGCUUUUUGAUAUUUGUUUUUUAAAUUUAUAAAAAUUAUAAAUAAAAACAUUUGGUAGAAAUGAUUUAUGCAAUAAAAGUUUUACAUAUAUAUUUUAAUAAAAUUGGGCAACUCGGUAAAUUUUAAAAAAAAAAAAUUUCAGAUUUAAAUUAUUUUCUACAAAAUUUAUAAUAUUUUCAAUAUUGUGAUAUUAUACCACAGGGUGUGUUUUUGGUUGAGCCCUAUCCAAAGCUUUUCGAAUAAAAAAACUUACGACGACAUUCAGUCAAGUUUACACAAUUUUUUGGUACAUUUUACGAUUUUUUUUAGAAAUUUUUAAAUUUUUUUCCUGUUACAAAAAUUGUUGUUUUUUUAAUUUCAAAAAAGUCUACAAAAUGUUUUCAGCGCUGUUAAGCACAUUUUUCAGACAUUUAACAAUUUACCGAUUUUAUUCCAAAGAAAAUAAUGUUCAAGUAAUGUCAAUUAAAAAUAUAAUACACACCCUGUAUAUACACAAUUCGCACUAUGUAUUUAGCUGAUACUAACAGUUAAAUAUUAAUUUUUAUAAAUCACAAUUUUACGGCUUCAAAAUUGUAAUUUUUAUGUUGAAAUGGAAAUAAUUAAAAAAAAUAAUUAAAAUAAUUUAUAAUCAAUAAAAUUAAAAAAAAGUGAUAAAAAUUAAUGCAUAAAAAAUAAAAAUUAUUAAACUAAAAUAACUAAUAUAAAAUUAAAUGAAUAUUAUAGAAUUACUCUAUAUAAAAAAAUGUAAAUGAAAUAGAUAAGUUUUAAAAACAACCAAAUAAACUAAAAAAAGAAAAAAGAAAAGAAAAUAAAAUAAACUAACUUAAAUUAAAAUGUAAUAAAAUAAAAUAAAAAAAUGAAGAAAAAUUGAAAACAAAAUAAAAUAAGAAAAAAUAAAUAAAAUUAAACUAACUUAAAAAACUUAAAUCAAAUAAGUAAAUAAAAUAAAAUUAAAAAUUAAAUAAUUAAUAAAAAUUAAAUUAAAUUAAAGAAUAAAAUAAAUCAAAUAAAAAACAGUAAGAUAAAAAAAUAAUAAUUAAAAAUUUAAAUUCAAGUAAUAUAAAAUAAAUAGAAUUAAAAUUAGAAAAAUUAAAUUAACUUAACUUAAAUUAAAAUUAUAAAUCAAAUGAGUAAAAUAUAAAUCAAUAAAAUAAAAAUUUAUAAAGAAAUAAUUUAUUAAAAAAAUUUUAUAAAAAUAAACAAAACUAAAUAAAUUCAAAUAAAAUUUAUUAAAAAAUUUAAGGCAAAAUAAUGUAUAAACUGGAAAAUCAAGUAAAAAUAUAAUAAUAGAUAAAUAAAACGCUCGUAAACUCAGAACAAAAAUUUAAAGUUUUUUAACAAACACAAAACAUAUAUUCAUAUAUAUUUCCAAAUUAUUUAAUUUCAUAAAAAACUAUUAUUGCGCGUUUUAAAUUUUAUAAUAUUUUUUUAGCUUUGUGAGAAAAAAUUUUAACAGACAUUCAAUCUGACUCAAAAUCUGUUGUAUAUAACAAUAACUUUCCAUAGACCUACAUUCAUACCUACAUACCUACAUAAAUAGUUCAGCGUCUGAACAUUUUCAAUUUCUCAACACAAAACUCUAAAAAAACACAACAACACACUUUUUCCCAGUUCAACUAACGUCGACUCUCAAAAAUACUUUAAAACUUACCUCUCAAAAUGUGGUAUAAAAUAAUUGUGCAUUAUGAUUACGUGAGUGACUUUGAUUUCAAAAUGCAAAUAUUUCAAAGCUGUUUUUUAGCUAACCAUUAGUAGUGUAGUUAAUUUUACUUUACAUAUUUUUUUGUAAUAAAAUACUGAUUUCAUUAUUUGUAAAUACGAUUUACAAAACAAAUUAAUGUUUAACAUAUUUUUUAAUAUUAUUAAAGCAAACAUUUGUUGGUGUAGUAAAUAUAUGAAUUUUAGUUGUAUAGUAUGCCUACCUACCUUACUAUUUUUACUACAUACAUACAUACAUACAUAUUAUUACAAUAAAUAUAAAUAAUUUUUAUUUUAGUCCCAUUUCACAGUAAAAAAAAAAAAAUAUAAAAAAAUACAACAAAAUUUUACGCUAAAUUUAAAUAUAUAUAAGUUUGUUUGCUUAAGUUUUAAAUGAAUUCGGAUAUUCUUGAUAAACUAAAAGUUAUUUUCCUUGUUUUAUUUUAUAUUUGUGCGCAUGCGAAACAAUAUUUUAAAUAUAACCAAAAAAAAACAUAAAACUUAUAAUGAGUAAUGCAGCAAAUUAAAACAUGUUAUACAUUUUUUUUUUAGUUUAUAAGUUAAUUACUGUAAAAAUAUUCGAUUAUUUAUUUUAUAGAAAAUUUGUAAAAUAGUGUUUUAUUAAUAUUAUUAUUUACAAAGGUUUGCAUUGUACUAAAAACAAAAAAUUACACAAAAAAAAAUAUAAUAAUUAUAUGUAUAUACAAACAGGUUAGAACAGUUAACGCUUUCUGUUGCCCACAAAAUGUAAGAAAAAGAUGAAAUACAUUUGAAAGAAAUAAAAGCACUUUUCAUUGAGUAAAAAAUACAUA